CAUUCAUCCUUUAUUAUGAAUGUAAAUAUCAACAAAUUGUAAAAAGUUAGUUUUUUAAAUAUUUAUUUUGUUGAAUCAAUGUGUUUCUGGUUUCAUAGUAGAUUCCGAAUCAAUAGUUUGUUAUAUUUUAUUUUAUUUGUAACACUAUCAAUUAUCACAAAUAGAACAUUCAAUUUUUUAUCUCCACAAGUGGUGGAUCUAGUAGAGCUUUCAACAUGUCCUAUUUGUUACGGAACGACGGCUUGUGAUCACAUUUUCAAUGAAAAUUUGAUGAUACAUCCUUUUGAUUUUCAUUCUCUUUUAUCACAUUUAUUUAACAGAAAAAAUGUUUUUUAUGGUACCAUCAACGGAACUAGAGUAGCUAUCAAAAAGUUAGCACAUUCUUAUGAACUUGAUGCUUUUGAUGAUAUGCUUUGUCAGAGUAUUGAAUUCAAAAAAUUCUGUAGAAAAGAUCAAAAUUAUAACAAUGAAGUAAACUCUAAUUAUAAUAUUGAUUUUCUGGGUAAAAUUGAAACUGCUGUUUCUCCCAAGUUUUUUGAAGAUGAUGAAAGUGGAUUAGUUUUAUGUCCAACUACUUCACAUUUAGAACAAGUUAUAAGUCAAUUGAAAAUGAAUGAAAUUCAUUUAUGGACUUUGAUUAAAAUCAAUCCAGAGCCACUGAUUCUACAGAUUCUGCAAGCAGAUGAAGGAUGGCCCGUUGCCAAAUACUAUGGAGCUUGUGGAAGAGUAGUCAUAGAAGAAUAUGUUGGUCCGCCUUUAACAACAUAUUAUAAUAAGCCGUGGUAUCGUAGAGCCAGGAUAGCAAUAAAUUUAUUAGAAGCUGCUUACAUGUUUACAUUCCACAACCACGAUUUUUCAUUUUAUUUAACAGAUUUAUCAUCUGAUAAUAUUGCUAUUGAUCAAAAUGAUGCUCCAAAAUUUAUUGACUUGGAAAAUGUUAUUAUUUUGAAUCGUAAUAUAUCUGAAAAAGAAAAACCAACGAAUUGGUAUCAUCUACACCGAAGUGAGAAUAUAAUUAAUUGUGACGAUUGCUUUUCAUUUUCACCUAUUGAUAUAUGCAGUCAUUCUCUUAGUGAUCAUAAUUACUUCGCCACAUGCCAAGUUAGUUCAAUUUGAAUGAUUAAACACUAAUAUUCGUUUCCUUAUUUUUUUCAAUUAUUUUUUUUCAGAACAUAUUGGCAUCUAAGUCUAAUAUAAAUUCUGAUUUUGAUGGAUUUUUGCAUAGUACUCCUGAAAAGGUUCUUAAUGACCAUCCAAAUUUCCAAAAAUUACUUAAUGAAUGCGUUUCACCGAAAACCGAG